AUGGAUCGCGCGAAGGGAUUCUCCAGAGAAGUUGUCUUUGGCGCGUCGCUCUCUUUGCUCUGCGCUGGGACCCUGGUUUGCCUUACCGAGGCGAAAGGGACCUAUUACCGCCACCCUCUGCCUGUCUCUUAUGGCAACAGAUACAACCUCUAUACCUCAGGAUCUAGUCCGCAGCUCACUCCGGAGAAGCCCCUGGCGAAGCAUAAGAGCUAUUGUGCAUAUGUGGUGCAGAGGAAUGUCACGUGCACUCUUCAGGAUGGUGUGGAGAGCUAUGUGAAAGCAGAAUAUCACAAGUGCAGCUGGGGACCCAAGUGUCCCGGGAAAGUCUUGUAUCGUACAUUCUUCAGACCCAGGUACAAGAUUGGAUACAAGACAGUAACUGAAAUAGCAUGGAAAUGCUGCCCGGGCCUCAUGGGAGAAGGAUGUCAUCAUGAUAAUCCCACUAACCAACCAGGACUUCUGUCUCAGCAUCCCAGCCCCAAGAUGCCUCCAACUCAGAAGAUGUUUCCAGGUCCUAGAGCUCCUCAUCCCAAAAUCCCCGUGGAAUCAUUUCCAGUACCAAAGAAAAAUAAUUAUGGUCGAAAAAUGCCUAAUUUGUUUGGAGACAGACUGGACCACCUAGAAGAGGAAGUCAGACAUCUCUCACAGUCUUAUGACACCCUAUACAAUAUGGUGAGUGGCUUGGGGCAUCACUUGCGGCUUGCCAUUCAGGAAGAUACUAGUAAAAUGAUUGGAUCCCUGAUGAAUAGCCCAAGUGUUCCUGAUUCAACCAUGGGAUUUGGAAUCAUUCCUGAUGGAACUGUGGAUGCUGCAGAAAAAGCUGAGCUCUCCCCUUAUCCGCCUGUGGGUGAGAUCCUAAGCAAAGUGACUGAGAUGAGUGAUUCACUGAAAACCAAGACUAACCUACUAGAAGAAGUUCAUGGCAUGGUCCUAGACCAUGACGGGCAGAUCAAACACUUAUUGGAAUCAGCUCGGCCUUCACCGCUCACCUCGAUUGAUAUGUUAGAAGAAUACAUAGACAGCAGGCUUAGCAACCUGAGGGUGGAGCUUUUGGAUGGCUUUGAGAAAAAACUGAUAAAUAUUCAGAGUACAUGUGAUUACCAGAUCAAGGAAGUAAAACAGCAGUGUGAGGAAGAGAAAACUGCCAAUCUCCGUCUUCAACAGAUCUUGGAUGGCAAAGAACUGGAGAUAAAGAAAGACAUUUCUCAACUGGAAACACAGAUCCAAGGACUGACGGUUGUAGAAAACUGCUGUAGCAACUUGAACUACCUCGCCAAACGGAUGGAUAUCUUGGAAAAGGGCCUGCAUAGCAUUUCUGAAUCUCAGAAGAAUUUGCACUCUAGGGUAGAUAAUGAAUUGUCCCCUGACACUUUGGGUGGUCUCUUUGAAGGACGCUUUGUGGACCUUGAGGCUAGGCUGAAUUUCACAGAGAGGGAAAUAGGAAGUUGUUCUAAUGUAGAGGACAGCAUGAGAAGUUUCAUGGGAUCAGAGCUAGAUGGCACAAAAGCUCUUUUUGAAAACAAAAUGAGAACCUUGGAGGAGAGGCUCAUAACUAUUGUUGGAGAUGUGAAUAAUGUCAGUUCUGCACUGGGACUAGAUGGAGCUGCAAUGCCCCUCUUGGAAGGAGAACUUGCUACUAUAACAAGGGAAACAGAUGAGAAGAUGGAAGUACUACAGAGCCGACUAACUACCUUGGAGAGCACUUGCUUGCUGGGUUGCACCUCAGCAUCCAAAGAUGUAGAAAUCUUUCGUACAGAGAUAGAAGAUUGUCAAAACAAGAACCAGGAUUUACUACUAAGGAUGGACAGCAAUUCAGAUCUGCUGCAAAAACUCAAUGUUACUAUCCUGGAGAUACAGAGACGGAUUGAGGAGGAAACAGCUGGGUCCUUGCAAGGUGAGAUCACAUUAUUAAAGAUCAAUUUGAACACCAUGACUAAAUCUCUAACUGGGCUGAAGGAUUCUGUUUCCCAGUACUCUGACACAGUACUGCAUGUCAAUUCAUCCUUGGAUGAUCGUGAGCGCAAGAUAGAAGAUGAGGUCCAUUCGCUUCAACAGAAGAUGACUGAUCAAGAUUCCCAGCUUCUCUUCAGUAACAAGCGUGUCUUGAACCUAAAGGGAGACCUUGAAAGGCUGAGAUCCAGGAUCAUCAGCGACUUGAGCAAUUGCAAAAGUUUGGCUCUUGACCUGCAGAAAGAAGUGCUCCAAUUCGAUGACCGUGUGGCCCAAAUGGAAGAUAUGUGUGGCAGACUGGGCACAGUAACAGGAAGUCUGGAGCACAUCCGAAGUGAAUUGGAAAACAGUACAGGAAAUAUGUGGGGUUAUAUGAAUCAUAUGAACAAAACUUUAGCUACACACUCUGAAGAAAUAACUGUGCUCAAGAAUAACUUGUUGGAUUGCCAGGCAAAAGUCACAGAACUAGCUGAAGAUGUUGGUCUCUUAGAAAGCAAGCUGAAAAGCAACCAGCAUUAGCUAUAUUGGAUCCAAAGUAUAUCUAACUUAUAUCAUAGAGACUCCAAAGUGAUGGUACCAGGAUUUCGUUUUUAUUUUGGUUUUGGAGAGGGGGAAGGUCACUAAACUUUAAAAGCUGCUAUAAUCCUUUCCCUGAUUUCUUCGGUAUGACUUUUAAAUUACAGUUUAAGUAUGUUUGCCAUUACUGUA